ACUCAGCUGGAUUUUGUGCUGGUUAUAGAAAGGAGAUGCAAGGGACACCUUUGUAAGGGUGUCAGGGCAAGGUGUGGAAGGAGCAGCUGGAUUUUGUCAAACAGCACUGCUUGUUCCUCUGUGUGACCAUGAGAGCUGCAGGCUGAAGGGCACACAUCUGUUCCAAGGAACAGGCUGACAUGCAGCUGUGCACUGGGGUUGGAAUGGAUUUAGCCAAGUUAAACUUGCUAAGAAAACAAAAGUGUUGUUUAAAAUAAAUUGCACGUGGAACAAAUAGAUGUGAGUUGCUUAUCAUGCAUUUCUGUACUGGUGCAUCCAGCUCGUGUGGGCUCCCAGCACCUGGCCUUUCUCCUGAGCCUGUUCCCAGUGCUGUCUUGGGCAGCUUCUUCAGUCUGGAAUUAGACUACUUGAACUUGGUAUUUGAGAGGAAAAAAAAGUGCAGUUGGCCUACUUUGUGUAGAAGAUGCUGAUUUAGGGAAAGGUUUAUUAAAUGAGGUGUUUUCUUGAGUCCAUUGAAAAGUUUAAUUCUUGGCAGGAAUAAAAUGGAAGGGAUACUUGCAGUGGUUCUGCAACCAGACUUAGCUUUUGCUUUUUAGUCUGUGCUAAAUGAUGCAGAUGUGACAAGUCUCAUCUCUGUGGGUUGUCCUCAGACUGUUAAUUGUCUGAACAAUUAGUAUUUGUAGAAAAACUUUACUUUCAGGAUUCAGAACCUGACCUUCAGUGGAACCCAAGGACGAUAAGUGUGUGGAAGGCACCUUCCAGCAGUGAGGAUCCUGGGUAGCCUCGCUCCUUUCUGCUUACUGAAGUGUUUCAUGGGUUUGGCUCUCCAACAUGAGAGCCCUGAAGGGGGUUGGUGCCCUUGGAAGCCCAAUGUUACGUAUAUAGACAGAGUUCUUGCUUCUAUCUUGUCUGGAAUUCAGGGAGCAUAAUGUGGCAGCUGCCCUGAUCCCAUCAGGGGUUCCCAAGAGCUCUGCUAAGUGAUGCACAGCUUGUAAGGGAAAUCAGGAAGGAAAUGGCAAGUUCUCUGGGUUGGCUGAGAUCCCACCUGUGUCACUGUGCCCCAUGCAGGUGCUGCAGGCACUGAUCCACGAGGACCUGCUGGGCUCAUGCUGCUAAUUAAUGCCACUGGGCUCUGGCCUUGCAAGGAGAUAUCAACAGGGUCUAAUAAAUCAACAGGGUCUAAUUAGUCCUUGUGCAAUCAGCACUGCUCAUCCUCUGAACACACUGCUGAUGCUGGGUAAACCUCACAACCUCUUCUAAUGAGGUCAGCAUCUCUCUCUCUCUCGCUGCUGGGGAGAGGCAGAGACCCUUGCAGAGGUGUCUUCAAUCCAUGAGAAUGGGGAAGGCACAACUGAGCAUCAGCAACACUGACUGGCAUUGCUGCCCAGAGAGCUGUGGGUGCUCCAUCCCUGGAGGUGCUCAGGGCCAGGUUGGACAGGGCCCUGGGCAGCCUGAGCUGGUGAUGGGCAGGCAGUCCAUGGCAGGGAUGGUAACUGGGUGGGCUUUGAGGCAGCCGCUCUGCCUUCUUAUUACUGUCUAUUCCAAAUAAUCAUGUAAAAAAGAAAUCAUUCCAAAAGUAGCAGCAAACGUGCACCACUAAUCAUCCAAAACCCUGCCAAGCAAAUCUAUUGUUUCACUGCCUGUCCCCAAUCAAAACCCUGUGCUCAGCAGCCCUGGGCCCCAUUCUGCCAACUAAGCACAGCUGUGCAAAGCCCCAGCUCCCACUGCUUUGUCCCAAAAGCCCCGUGGCAGCAGCCCCACUGCCUGGCCCAUAUAUAGCGGGGCAGCCUCGCGUGCUGCAGGGUUGGGUCAGCUUCUGAUUUACAGUCCUGGAGAGCAGCCAUCAGGAAAUGUCUCAGUACUCAGGAAAAAUCACCUUCUACGAAGGGAAAUGCUUCUCAGGCAGGAAGCUGGAGGUGUGCAGCACCUGCAGCAGCUUCCAGCAGCGAGGCUUCCCCAACCGUGUCAACUCCAUCCGCGUGCAGAGCGGGGCCUGGGUCUGCUUUGACCACCCUGAGCUGCAUGGGCAGCAGUUUGUGCUGGAGCACGGCGAAUACCCACACUGGCAGAGCUGGAACGGCCGCGGCGACCGCAUGGGCUCCUGCAGACCUGUGGGCAUGCACGGGCAGCACUACCGCAUCCAGCUGUUUGAAGGGAGCUGCUUUGGAGGCCGCAGCAUGGAGCUCACUGAGGACUGCUCUUGUCUGCAGGGCCGGGGCUGGGAGCAGCCCCACGUCAAUGCCGUGAGGGUGUACGGUGAUGGCGCGUGGGUGCUUUACGAGGAGCCCAACUAUCGUGGCCGCAUGUAUGUGGUGGAGCGGGGCGAGUUCAGCAACUUCCGAGCAUGGCAGGGCUUCAGUGCAAACGUCCAGUCCGUCCGGAGGGUCAUCAACUACUAGCUGAGACCACGCCAUCAGAGCUGGGCUGCUGGGCUGCUGGGCUGGGUGUCAACUCUUCAACUCAUUGACCCAUGGAAUAAACUGUUCGACAUCAAAUUUUGGCUCUAAGUAAAUUUGUUUCUGUCGAUUGCAUGAGUUCGGGAGGGAAUGGAUA